UUAACUUUAACAUGGUUAGCUUUCAAGGUUUUAUACUUGUCUUUUUGAUUUGGCUCAUUUCUACCCUAAUACUCCGAGCCAUAUUCAGAAGUCGAAUCACCUCUAAACUUCCCCCUAGCCCUCUUAGGCUCCCAAUUAUCGGUCAUCUCCACCUUCUUACUCCUAUACCACAUCAGGCUCUUCACAAGCUCUCCAUCCGGUAUGGCCCUUUAAUACAUAUCUUUCUUGGCUCUAAUCCUUGUGUUGUUGCCUCAUCUCCUGAAAUGGCUAAAGAAUUCCUGAAAACACAUGAAACAUCUUGGUCAGGGCGUCCCCAAACAGAGGCCUCGAAUUACUUAACAUAUGGUUCACAAGACUUUACUUUUGCUCCUUAUGGACCAUACUGGAAGUUUAUGAAGAAAGUAUGCAUGUCUGAGCUCCUUGGUGGGCGAACUCUGAAUCUUUUACAACCUGUAAGGCAUUGUGAGGUUAAAACGCUAGUGAACGCAUUGCUACAAAAGGCCAAAACUGGAGAGGUGGUUGACGUUGGAUGUGAGCUUAUGAGACUGACCAACAAUGUGAUUUCAAGAAUGAUUAUGAGGGUGAGGUGUUCAGAGGAUGAGGAUGAAGCUGUGGAAGUUAAGAGGUUGAUUAAAGACGUAAGUGAUGCCUUAGGAAAGUUUAAUCUCUCUGACCAUAUAUGGUUCUGCAAGAAUUUAGAUUUGCAGGGAAUGAAAAAGAAGCUACACGAAAUCCGUAGAAGGUAUGACAUUAUGAUGGAGAGGAUCAUAGAGGAGCACAGAGACACAAGGAGAAAGAAGAUAGAAAAUGGUGAUGAUGGGGAUGCAGACAAGGACUUGCUUGAUAUCUUACUUGACAUAUCAGAAGAUGAGAGCCUGGAGAUUAGAUUAAGCAUGGAGAACAUCAAGGCUUUUAUACUGGAUAUAUUUGCAGCUGGAACAGACACAUCUGCCAUAACAACAGAAUGGGCACUUGCAGAGCUGAUCAACCAUCCAAAAAUUAUGGAAAAAGCAGUACAGGAGAUAUAUUCUGUUGUUGGAAAAAACAGGUUAGUCAAAGAAUCUGAUAUCAUGCAUCUUCCUUACCUUCAAGCUAUCGUGAAGGAAACCUUAAGACUUCACCCUACCGGUCCACUAUUCAUCAGAGAAGCCAGUGAAGAUUGCACCAUUGCAAGUUACCGCAUACUAGCAAAGACUAGACUAUUUGUUAAUGUUUGGGCACUUGGUCGAGACCCAAAGUAUUGGGAAAACGCACUUGAAUUUAAACCAGAAAGAUUUAUUGUGAGUGCAGAGGAUCGAGAGAGUGGAAAGAUACAGUUGGAUAUCAGAGGACAGCAUUUCCAGCUGUUGCCAUUUGGAAGCGGAAGAAGAGGGUGUCCAGGGGUUUCACUAGGAUUGCUUGUGGUUCAAACGACCCUUGCUGCGAUGAUACAAUGCUUUGAGUGGAAAAUAGGAGGUGAAAGGAACAAUGGUAAUACGAUUCUAGACAUGGAAGAGAGUGCAGGUUUGACAUUAACUAGGGCUCAUCCUUUGGUCUGUGUUCCAGUUGCUAGGCUCAAUCCAUUUCCAUCAACUUAGUAGUUAACAAGGGGUAAAUUCUCGUGAAUCAACACUUCUUUAGCUUCAAUUCGGUCAUAUAAGAAUCUUUGAUCCUUCUGCUGUCAAUUCUUUAAAGUAACUCUCAAGGGGAUCCCUGCCUUCUGUACGAAAUUCCUUGAAUUAUUUGGUAACUAGCAAAAGCAUUAAACAGACCGUCAGCUAAAAAUUGACAUGAUAAUAAGAGAUAAAAGUAUCAGCCACUUGAACAAAAAUAGACAACAAUGUUCAGACAAACAGAAUUUUAGAACAAAGGUACAAUCCGAUUCAGCCACCAAGUUAACCUUGAAAUAAAUGGUGAAGCAUCACAAUUCCAACUCUUUAGCAUCAAAUUGCUCCUGCGCAUUACUUUAUCCAGUCUGAGAAUCCAAGUAAGAGACGAAUCAGCUGAAAAAAUCUAAAAAUUGGAACCACGGCACAAGGCUCCCAUCAU